AAUAAGUUAGAAGAAGGUACUGCAUAUCUUCUUCUAGCCACUAACAAUGAAAAUUCUAAACCAGAAGAUGAACUAGCUGAAGUUGUGGCUCAUAAAACUAAAAAAAGUAGAAAAAGAAUUAGAGCACAAGCACAUAUAAAAAGA